CGAUCCUUCCGGCAGGUAGCCGCCAAAAACCCAAAUAACCACAGCCCAACGGAGUGUGAGGGUGGCGGUACCUCCAUGUACGGACCGUAGGCAUGCAGUUGGCCCCACAACCUGAGGCGCCAGGACGAAUCCGACGGCCCAGUGAGAUGGUGGCACAGCCCGAUUGACGUCGUCAGGUCUUGGGUCGAGUUGCGCGGCGCAUCCAGCCAUCCCACCUCCUCGUCCUGUUCUCAAACAUACCUUUAAUCACAUGUUGCCGCCCACCUCUUUACAAUCUGCAUUCUGCUUCCCUCAUCCUAAUCCCUAAUCGCGACCGCCUCCUGUUCACGUUUCCACCACCUGCCUAGGUAUCUACCUACACAGCGAACCAGUCGCCAAUCAGUGGCAUCAUGGCUUACUACCAACAGCAAUAUCCGCCCUACGGCGCCCAACCUCCUCAAGGCAAUUACUAUGGCCAAAUGCCUCCCAGCGGGCAACAAUAUCCCCCGUCAGGUUACCCCUAUCCCCAACAACAACAACAACAACAGGCUUACGGUUCGCCGGCACCUCCAAAUGGCCAAUAUGGGCAGCCGCCUCCGCCCCAUGGACAAUAUCCUCCGCAUCACCAACCAUAUGGAGGAGGUCCGCCACCGGUAGAGCUAUAUGGUAGCCAGCCCUCAUAUAGCGCACCGCCUUCUCAUCAGCCACCCCAUCAGCCGCCGUAUGGUCAGCCUCCACCACACCAGCAGGGCUAUGGCCAGCCACCCAUAUCGCCGCAGCCAGGAUACGGCGCGGCGCCGCCGGGGGCACCGCCCGCACCGUACGGCGCACCGUCCUAUGGCAACUUUCCGCCGACGCCUCCCUCGCUCGGCUACGCGCCACAGUCGAUCAACUGGGACCCGUCGCCGGACGUCAACGGGCUGCGUGCCGCGAUGAAGGGGUGGGGCACGGACGAGGCGGCGCUCAUCCGGAUACUCUCGGACAAGGACCCGCUGCAGGUGGACGCGAUCCGCAACGGCUUCCAGCGCAACCUCAACCGCGACCUGAUCAAGGACAUCGAGAGCGAGACGGGCUCGUGGUUCAGGGAGGGGCUGGUGGCGCUCGCGCAGGGCCCGCUCUUGCACGACGUGACGUCGCUGUACAAGGCGCUGAGCGGGCCGGGAACCAAGGAGCUCGUGCUCAACGACGUGCUGCUCGCCCGGUCCAACGCGGACCUGCGCGCCAUCAAGCAGACCUUCCAGAGCGUGUACCGCCGCCCGCUCGAGGACAUGGUCUCGGGCGACCUGUCGUUCAAGACGAAGCGCCAGUUCGAGAUCGUCAUGCAGGCCGUCCGCGCCGAGGACUCGACGCCCGUCGUGCCGGCCGACACGCAGCGCGACGUGCGGGACCUGUACGCCGCCACCGAGGGCAAGAUUGGCACCGACGAGAUCUUGGUGUGCAGCAUGUUUGCGCUGCGGAACGACAAUCAGAUACGCGCCAUUGCCGUCGAGUACCAGAGGCAGUACAGCAGGUCUCUCGAGGAAGUGAUUCGCAAUGAAUUCAGCGGUCACAUGGAAGACGCACUCCUCUACCAGCUCCGGUACGCGCUGGACCGGUACAUGCACCAGGCGAAGCUGCUCGAGGACGCCAUGGCCGGGCUGGGCACCAAGGACCACCUGCUCGUCAGCCGCGUGGUGCGCUCGCACUGGGACCGCAGCAACAUGGCCAACGUGCGCGUCGCGUUCGAGAAGCGGUACGGCACGGCGCUUGCCAGGCGCAUCGACGGCGAGACGAGCGGCGACUACAAGCGCCUGAUGCUCGCCUGCGUCGCGAGGUGACGGCCUGACCAAGGCGGGAGGGGGUGGGGGACAUCAAUGGUUGGGAGGGAGGGUGGAUGGGGAUACGAUGGCCGAUCUUUGAGACGGAGGAUUUGUUUUCGCCAAGCCAGUCUGGUGAAGUCGGAUUAACACGAUUGUAUGGGUGUUCUUUUUUUUUUUUUUUGGCUUCUGGGAUGGCAACACGAAGUAAUGUGUCCAUGUCCCUUGGUGGAGUGGCUAUUGAGGGAGGGGGUACUUAAACUGGCACGGCAUGUGGGUACCGAGGAAGGUAGGGCUGUUAUUUUGGGAGCAUAACGACUGGAAUUAACACCAACGAAUGUUGCCACCGCAUUGAUAGGCAAAUGUGCGUCUUGGUGGUUGUUGGUUUUGGAGGGAGUGGGUAUGCCAGCAGCAGUUUAGACGUGGCCGACUGGAAGUUUGUCAUGAUUGCCCAGCCGCCCACUCACGAAUGUAGGUGUGGUUUCGAUAUAUUAGCCUUCAUAUCAGGUCUUAACCUUAACUCUGUAUGCCUCAUGUUCGUUAGUGGUGUGCCCAAUCUCAAGAGUUUAGCCGG